AUGACUGAGCAAACGAAGCAGUUUAAUAACUUGAACACUGCCGACGUAGUCGAGCCUCAAUAUUAUCGUGCGACGACACUCCAGAGACAAAGUCUCAACACGAGUGUAAACAACUUUAUACAGGUUAGAAACGAUCAGACAUGCUGCGCCUUUAAAUCAUGCCUGAAAGCAUGGAACUCCGUAACGAUAGUGCGUAUAGAACGACACCAUCUUCCUUUCAUCAAACCGCUUCCGUUUUCACACCAGAGCUUUCCUACAUUACCUCAAGUGCCAUAUCAAGUUCCCAUCGAGCUUCCUAAACCCAUCUGCAUCUCAUUAAGCCCAUCUUUAGUAAAAAACACGUCCAGCGACGGAUUCGUUCAAAGUACUCAUAUUGAUAUACUUGAAGACCCCAUGCCAACAAGACGCGAUAUAGCCUACGUUUUUGCCACCCUGACUAGCUCAAGCAACAUCAUUGCUUCCCACCUUGCUGAUAGCUUGAAAUAA